ACCAGCACGAUGUUCACAACACGUAUGCUCUCGGGACCCUAGGUAAUAGCUGGUUCCACAAUCACACAGAUCUCCAGCUGUUUUCCGGACGGGAGGGAUGGGUGUUUCUCCAGUAUCCCAUUGAGUAUAAUAUGUCUAUUUUUCCGGGAAAUAACAGAUACUCACUUCUAGACAAGGACGCUGCCAAACUGCAAUUAGAUGAAUCUUUACACAGCAUUAACAUAAAGUCUGCGACCGAAUAUCUUUAUUUAUACAUUACGGAAACCAGAGUGAUGCCACUUUCGCCAUACCUGCGGACAAGUGUUCGCAUGACUACAUUAUACCUAUGCAAAUCUUUGGUGAUACAUCGAUGGGCAAAAUAAGCUUGUUCCCACCACAUGACGACUCGAAAGUAACAAUAACAUUUAGACAAGUUUCGGGAUUAGUUAGUUUCAAGAAUAGACUGUACAAAUCGGGUGAGUAUGUAUCUGUAUUUAUUCCGAGACGAAAGAUAUUGACAAUUGCACAUAGCGUUAGUUUAGCAGGUACAACGAUCCACUCAACAGUACCAGUAUGUGUGAUGUCAGGGACAGGGUAUAAAGCUGACGAACCCAAGUGUAAAUCUGUCAUCACCACAGUUCUUCCUUCAACUCAACUAUCACGGUCUUUUAUCGUACCAAACGUUGUCAGUGCGUGGAGUCUGGUACAACUGUUGUCCAUCAAGGACAAGAACAGUGCUGUGCUAGACCACAACGGCAGCAGGGAGCAGAGGAUUUUAAAAGCGUGUGAGCCGUACGACAGACACAUUGGACUCAAGCCAAUGGUAAUCACCAGUGACCAUGACUUGGUCGUUACUGUACUAGCCAGACCUACCAAGCCAAAUCCCUUUUUACUGUGGAUAGUAGGCAUAGAUCAGUAUCGAUCGAGCUACCAAUUCUAUAUACCGUACUACACAAACAAUUUCAUUCAUGAGCUGUAUGUUAUUUGUAAAACAAAUCUGAAGGAUGAACUACGAUUAAACAAUGAGUUAAUAUAUCCUACACCGGACUCCAAACAAGAAGUUCGUGUCGGAAGUGAAGUGUACGAAGGUUUCCGCCUGAGCGUCCUUUGUCGUACUACCUAUGUAAUGGAACAUAAAAGCAUGGGAACGUUUGGACUUUAUAUCUUCGGAUAUCCUGAAUAUGCCGAAGAAGAUUCCCGGUACGCGUCAUACGGAUACCCUGCAGGAAUGGUUCUUCACUAACAUACCAGUGAUCGAUUGUUUACUAUGAAUGUAAAUCGCCAGAUCCCCUCCACUACUUAAUUACUAAACACCCGUCCAAUACAUUAUAGUUUCGAAAUGAUAUUAUCUUCAUUAUAAAUGAAAUCAAAGUUUUAAAAAAUCUCCCAAGUGUGUUCGUACAGCACGUUAAUUUAAUCCAGUUAAGGUAUUGUUUAUAUAGAUCUGGUCUGUUAUAAAGUUAGUAAAUUUCUUAAGUAUCUCUUACCCUACCUAGAACGCAUCCUCGAUAUCAAGGGGUUACGCUCAC